AUGGUUACCAAAAUUGGACUAAAGUUAUUUGUUAUUUUCAUUUACUAUAUUUAAGGUGCUUAUUAAUAUUAGAAAUUAUUAUCUAAAUACUACGAUACUACUACUAACUGUUCAAAUGAACUCAAAAGCAAUUGGGAUAUAAUUGGAGGAGGUUCUUUCCCAAGCAAUUAAUGCUAAAUUUCCUGUUCAUUAAGUUCUUACACUUAUACAUCAUUUUAUUUAUCUCCAUUUAUUUACCUAAGUGGAUUUGAAAUUACUAAAAAUAUUACUUAACCUGCUUCAAUCAUAGGUUAUGAUUUAGUUUUUUAUGUAUCUGGAUAAUUUAGUGUUUCCAUAUAAGGCGAUAACUAAAUUUUAAAUACAAAGGUGCUUUAACAAUAGAUUUAUGGUACAUUUCCUUAAGAAAUACUUUAUGUAGGGGUCAAUUGUUAAGGAGCUACUUUUUAAUCAAUCUUUACAAGCAGCUACGUUUCUGGUCAAAGUUUUACAACAUUUAAAUUGUAAUUUACAAAUUUACCUCCUAAUUAUGGAUUUUUUAAGAUAAUUAUGUGGGCUAACUGCGUCUUGAAUUGUGAUUAAUGCUAAGAUUCUUCUAACUGUAGUAUUUGCUUGCAAGGAUUCACUUUGAUGGUUAUGCCUUCUGGUUAAAAAGUUUGUUCAUAAUAGGAAGGUUGCUCAAAAAGUAAUUGUUUAGAGUGCGCUAAAAGCGGAAUAAUAGAAGUUUGUAUUAAUUGCCAACCAGGAUACUCUUUAGAUAAUUCAAAUACUUGUGUUUCUAAUGGAAAUGCAUGUAGUUCAGGAUAAUAUCAAAAUACAGAUAAAACUUGCAAAUCUUAUUCAAGUAGUUGCUAAAUGCAGUCUCCUGGCUCAACUACAUGGGUUUCAUGCCAUUAAGUUCCAGAUUAAACUGCAAUUAAAUGCUAUAAUAAUAAACUUAUUCUUUUGUAUGAAAGAGGAAAUUACAAUACAAGAGUGUGUGGAUGCAAUAAUUUUGCUUAUUGUGAUUAAUGCACCUUAAGUUCGUGUACAAAGUGUAUUACUGGGUAUACUUUGAAUGGCUAGAGUUGUUCCUUUUCAAGUUGCCCUUAAGGAUAUUAUCUAAAUUAGCUAACUAAUCUUUGUAACCCUCAAUAAUGCAAAGAUACUUAAUGCUAAAAGUGUGAUUAAUAUAUUUGCUAUUAAUGCGCUUCUGCAAACUAUUAUGUAGAUGGUUCUAACCCUGCAUACUGUAAACAAUGUUUAGUUAACAACUGUCAAUAAUGUAAUCCAGAUGGAACUUGCAAAAUAUGUAAUUCAGGAUACUAUUUUUCGUCAGGAAGUUGUCUUAGUUGUAUAAAAAAUUGUAUGGUUUGCACUAAUUCAUAAACUUGCUAAAAUUGUAUUAGUAAUUAUACUUUAAACAGUGAUAAAAAGUCUUGCAUUUGUAGCAUUAAUAAUUGUUUAUAAUGUAGUCCUUCAGAUGGAUCUGUUUGUUAAAUUUGUUCAAAUGGAUCUUUUGAUUCUACUUCAAAAACUUGCAAAUGUUCUGUCUAAAACUGUAGCUUAUGUAAUUAAAAUACAAAUUCUUCAUGUCAACAAUGCGUAGGACUUUAUGUUAAAGACAAUAACAAUUUGUGCUAAUGCCCUAUAAAAAACUGUUCUGUUUGCAGUUAAAAUGGCGAUUAGUGUCUUAAUUGCACUCAAGGAUACUAAUUGAGUAGUGGAAAUACAAAAUGUAAUUGCUCUGUUUUAAAUUGCUUGUAAUGCAGUUAAACUGAUGGUACAAUUUGCCAAAUUUGUUAAAAUGGUUCUUUUGAUCUUAUUUCAAAAACAUGCAUUUGCUCUGUCUAAAAUUGUAGUUUAUGUAAUUAAAAUGAUAAAUCUACAUGUCAAAAAUGUGUUGGUUCUUAUGUUAAAGAUAUUAAUGGUUAAUGCUAAUGCCCUAUAAAAAAUUGUUCUGUAUGUACUGCAAAUGGAGAUUAAUGCGUAACAUGUAUCUAAGGAUAUUAGUUAAGUAACGGAAAUACUUAAUGCAAUUGUUCUAUUUAGAAUUGCUUAUAAUGUAGCUAAAUAGAUGGAUCAAUUUGUUAAAUUUGUUAAAAUGGAUCUUUUGAUUUAGUAUCUAAAACUUGUAAAUGUACAGUCUAAAAUUGUCUUCUCUGUAACUAAAAUACAAAUUCUUCAUGCUAAUAAUGUGCUAAUUCAUUUGUAAAAGAUAAUAAUAAUUAAUGUUAGUGCUCAAUAAAAAAUUGUUCUCAGUGUAAUUAAACUGGUAAUUUAUGUCUAGCUUGCACUUAAGGGUAUUUUCUUAGUAAUGGAAAUACAUAAUGUAAUUGCUCUGUUGAAAAUUGCUUAUAAUGCAGCCAAACUGAUGGAUCUAUUUGCUAAAAUUGUUAAAAUGGGUAGUUUGAUCCUACUACAAAAACUUGUUAAUGUUUGGUCUCAAAUUGCAUGUUAUGUACUUAAAAUGCGAAUUCACGAUGUCAAUAAUGUUUGGGGUUGUAUUUUAAAGAUAUUAAUAAUUAAUGUUAAUGUCCUAUUAAAAACUGUGCUGCAUGUAAUACAAUUGGAGAUAAAUGUCUUACAUGUGUUUAAGGAUAUUAACUAAUUAAUGGAAACACAGAAUGCAAUUGUUCUGUUUAGAAUUGUUUGUAAUGCAGUUAAACAGACGGAUCUAUUUGCUAAGAUUGUUAAAACGGAUCUUUUGAUCCUUCUACAAAAGCUUGCUAAUGCUUGGUAGAAAAUUGUAGUUUGUGUGAUUAAAAUACUAACUCUUCAUGCAAAAAAUGUUCUGGGUUGUAUGUUAAAGAUAAUAAUAAUUAAUGCAAAUGUUCAAUAUAAAAUUGCUCAAGGUGUAAUUAAAAUGGAGAUUAGUGUAUUGAUUGUAUAUAAGGCUAUUAGCUGAGUAGCGGAAACACAUAAUGUAAUUGCUCAGUUUAGAACUGUUUAUAGUGUAGUUAAAUUGAUGGGACAAUUUGUUAAGUUUGUUAGAAUGGAUCCUUUAAUAUCAUUACAAAAUCCUGCUAAUGUUAAGUUUAAAACUGUAGCUAAUGUGAGUAAAAUGAUGAUCAUUCCUGUAAAUAAUGCAUGGGAUUGUAUGUUAAAGAUAAUAAUAAUUAAUGCUAAUGUCCAAUAGCAAAUUGUAAUUAAUGUAAUUAAAAUGGAGAUUAAUGCCUCACUUGUAUAAAUGGAUAUUAGCUGAAUAAUAGCAAAACAUAAUGUAAUUGCUCAGUAUAAAAUUGUAUAUAAUGCAGCUAAUAUGAUGGUAAUUAGUGCUAAUAAUGUUAAAACGGUUUCAUAAAUUAAGGUUCUUAAUGUUAAAAACAAGCUCAAAACUGUGAAAUUGAAGAUCCUACUGAUGGCUUAAAAUGCUUAUAAUGUAAAAAUGGUUAUAUCAAUACUUCCUCUUUAUGCAAAUGCUCUGUUCCUAAUUGUAAAAACUGUAAUACUAAUGAUGGAUCAAUUUGUGAUAAUUGCUAAGAUGGAUUUUUAUUAAAUGAUAACAAAAAGCAAUGCUUAUGCGAAGUAAAUUCUUAAUAAUGUUAAACACCAUCAAAAUGUGAAGUUUAGAUGUGUAAAUAAUGUAAAGAAAAUUCUUAAGAAAAGUGUUAAAUUUGCUAAGAUACAUACACUUUAACUUCAGAUUUCUUUUGUGUUUUAGAAUUAUAAAACGAUUUUUCAGUUUUUUAAACUGUAACUCAAAAUAUUGGUUAUAAUGUUACAAUAGCUUUUAGCUAACAAAUUAUUUUUUCAUAACAAGAUGUCCAAAAUUUGCUUAAUUUAUAAAUUGAGGAUUUUGAAAAUCCUUUUGUUGUUAAUAUAUUAUCAAUUAAAGAGCAAUAAAUACAAGUUUAACUAUAACUUAAAGAUAACUGUAAAAAUAAAAAGUUAAUUGUUUAAUUGAAUAAUAUUUAAUUUCUACAUAUAAAUAAUCUUAAAGAUAGUUAAAAAGAAGUUAAACUGAAGGAGUAUAUUAUUCUUUCUUAAAACUAAGUAGCCUAAGCUCAAAAAACAGGAGAAGUAGCUUAAGGAGCUGCAAAUACCUUACUUAUAACAAUGAUACUCAUGAUAAUUAUAGGAAAUACUUAUGUAUUAUUUAGCACUAUUGAUCUGACAACAUUCAUUUAUUUUCUUCUGUUUGUUGAUAUAAGACACCCUUAAAAUCUCAUUAAUUUCUGUUCUAUAUUUUAAAAUUUUUAAUUUGCUUUUGUCCCUAAUACUAUUUAAGUUUAUUUUAUUGAGCCCAAUUAUGUUUAACCUAAAACACCAUAAAAAUUCUUAGAAAAUGGAUAUGAUGCAUAUUUCUUAAAUGGAGCAGGAUAAUCCUGUACAAUUAUAGCAGGCAUUGUUACUAUUUAUGGAAUAAUUAAAGUUCUUUCUUAUAUUCCUAUUCCAAAGAUAAAAAUUUAUAUUGAAUCCAAAAUCAAAAGUGGAUGGGAAUAUUCAGGAUUUUUAGAUCUGAUAGGAUGCGUUUAUGUUUAUGUCCUUGUUUCUUCUCUGUGUUAAUUUUACUGCUUUUAAUUUGAUGAACCUUUAGCAUUUAUCAAUUAUACUCUUUUUGCAAUUAGCUUCAUUUUUGUAUUUUUAGCACCUAUUACUAUGGUAAUUUUUAUUACAAAGUGCAAAAACUUAAGUGAUCCUUAAAUUUAAUAAUAAUUUGGUUCUUUAAUCGGAGGUUUAGUGGUUCCUAAUUAACAAAAUAAUCCUGAAAAUAAUUUAAUUAAAGAACAUUAAAAUAAAGUAGCAGCAGAACCUGAUAUUAUAAAUUUUAAUAAGAAUAAUAAAAAUGAGAAUUCCACUAUUCCAAAGCAGUAAUUUCUGCAGUUAAAAUGGAAAAAAAGUGGUAAUUUUAAAAAUGGAGUAAGUGAGAUAAUUCUUAUCAUGAUGUAGACCUCUGUCUGCUUCUUAGUAGAAGAUAGUGACAAUUAGGAUGAGUAAUAAAGAUAUAAUAUAGGAUGGGUUAUAAUAGCUUGUGCUUCUACUAUUCUAACAAUUCAUAUUUUUAGUGUAGUAGUUGACCUUAUAGGAGUUUAGUCCAUAAAUAACAUCUUUACACAAGUUGGAUUCAUCAUAAGUUCUUAAAAGCCAUGA